AAUACAACGGAUCGUCAUAGAGCUCCUCCCCCUAUCUCCGCCAUUUUGUGGACAGACGGUGGAGAGUCGCAGAAGUGUUCACAUUACUUCAGCCUUCACGACCAUAACCAGAUAACCUCUCACUCACACGCAUGAACCCUUGCAAGUAAUUGAACUGUGAAGAAUUAGCAGCCAUGAGCCUAAAAUAGUAUUAGUACAACCAUCACAACAGUCACCACUGCUAAAUACUACUACUACUACAACAGUGAAGUGGUGUCCAUUAGAGGUGAUGACUGUGUUGGUGAUAGAACCCUGGCAGGAAGAGGUGACGUUGCCUUGGAUAUUCAGAGUGAGGGAGACUGGCAGAAGACACAAGAUUGAUCCAGACACUGGGGUUAUUACUGUGGCCUCUGCUCUCAACCGGGAAGAGAGGAGCACCUUCAACCUCCUCAUUGAGGCUUGGGACAACUACCAGUUUGGGUAUGCAACUGGGGAAUCCAGGAAUGCCUUCAUGCAGCUUGGUGUGACAGUUGCUGACAUCAAUGAUGAAGUGCCUGUGUUUGAGGAGCGGGAAGACUGCACCAUGAUUACCGAGUUUCACCAGCCUCGGGAAACCAUCACUGUGGUGCAUGCCACUGAUGGUGAUGACAUAAACUCACCCAAUGGCAGGAUCCUUUUUUCCAUUGAAGGUGGAAAUGAGAAAGGUCCGUUUGAGAUCCGCAAUAUAGAAAAAACAGCAGCUGAAAUAUUUGCUGCCAAGCCCCUUGUUGGCCAUUAUGGAAACUAUUCAUUGGAGGUUCAAGCACAAGACAGAGGAUUCCCACCAAACUCUGUUUUGUCUCAUAUUAAUAUAUGUGUACUAGACUUGAAUGACCAUGCUCCACAGUUUGUCUCUCCAUCUGAAAAUGUUACAAUCAAAGUGCCAGAGAAUGGUACUGUUGGGAGCCUGGUGAUACAGGUGAGAGCUACAGAUCAGGACAUUGGCAUCAAUGGAGCAGUCCGUUACAGGAUCCUAAAAGACACUUUGGGACACUGGCAGACCUUCACCAUAGAUCAGACAACAGGAGCCAUAUUGCUGCAAAAGCCUCUUGACAGGGAGAGACAGAAGCUCUAUGAGGUUUAGUCAAAACUACAGACUACAUAGCCAAGAUAACUGUUCUAAAGGAGAAAGAAUGUAUUUAAGAAAGUAGAUACCAGGAUAUGUGACCACCACCACCACCCCCACCACCACCACCACCACCACCACCACCACCACCACUACCACCACCACCACCACCAUUGGAGUCCCCUCUCUAGUUGGACAUUACGGCCCUGUUGUGUACCCUGGUGGCCUUCAUAGUUGACCGCUGAGUGCAGCUGUCGGUGACUGCAGGAAUGGACCUCAGAUGGCGGACACAACAGCAUUACCAAGUCAAGAAGUUGUCCAGUAUUUUAUCUCUGCUCUCAAACAAGCAAUGACCAGUGGUGGUGUUGUUCAUGUCUGGCUUGUGUGUGUGUGUGUGUGUGUGUGUGUGUGUGUGUGUGUGUGUGUGUGUGUGUGUGUGUGUGUGUGUGUGUGUGUGUGUGUGAGUUUGUUCAUCCAUUAUGAUUUGAAGAGAUUGUGUUUGUAUUUUUAUUGUGGGACUCUGUGAUUAUACUUUGAAAUGAUACGGCCUUAAAAUUGACCUUUGACCCUGUGUGGUAGUGGAGUGAGGCUUGUGACAGUUAGGAAUUGGUUGUCAAAAAGUGACCACAUUGGUUUUUCCUCAGUUGCUUUAGCCAUGAAAGUUCUAUUCCUUGUGUUCUUUGUCAUGAUGAUGUUUGAUUCCCUUGGUUUCCAAUUGGUUGCCUUUGUGUGAGUUUUGAUCCAGUCAUUUACUUCCCUACUUACUGAAUUCCAGGAAACAAAGGGAUUGCUUGCUCCUUUUGCUUCCUUGUGGACAAAUUCACUGCUAAUAGUUUGUUAUUUGGAAGUUUGAUUGAAGGCUUGUUCCUCCCUCUCCUCCACCCUAUGACUACUUGAUGCUAUCUAGUAAAAUUCUUCGCAAUGAUGUUUUCCAUGCCUUCGCUGCCCUAAACCCUUGGAAAGCUUGGAGGGGUCCCUCCUCUUGUUCUUCAAAACUGCAUUUCUGUGCUUGCACCUUGCCAAGUCAAACUCUUUCAACUCUGUGUGUCAACAUGUAAUAAUAUUACUUCUUGCUGGAAGUUUGCCUACAUUCAGCCUGUUCCUGAAAAGGGUGACCAUUCUAAUCCCUCAUACUACUGUCCUGUUGCUUUAAUUUUCUGCCUAUCUGAAGUUUUUGAAUUUAUCCUCAAAAGGAAGAUUCUUAAACAUCUAUCACUUGACAACUUUCUAUCUAAUUGCCAGUAUGUGUUCCAUAAUGGCCAGACAAAAGAAAACAUGUGUUCAGUGGCUUCAGCCACCACCAAUGGUCUCUCUCUUUAAGAUUUCCUGCUUAACUAAUGUUUAAGUAUCUCAUUACAAAGAUAAGAAUAUAGAUAUCAUAAAGAUGGUUAUUUAUAUUGAUUAGCAUAUUAGCAUUAUGAAUGUUCCUGUUCAUAUGAUUAUAACUAUCAGCAGAAAAAAUUGUAUAACAUGUGUCAUUCAUUUACUUGAAGCUGCAUUGUCAAGGAAGCUUGAUACACUUUUCAGUGAUGUGUUUAUGUGCUAACAUAUGUGUGCUUGGAGCAUAAAAGAUAGUCUACACUAUAUUUUGACAAAUAAACAGUUGGUAUGAAAAAAUAACUUUUACCUACAGCACUUACUUAAUUUGCAUUUGGGCACCAUCUCUUUGAAAAUAGUCCAUUUGAGCAGCAAUACAGCAGCACAUUCAGCACUGUUGUCACCCCUGAAACUUAUUCUGGAAGUGUUGUUCUCUAAGCAUGUCAAGCAUCUACUGUUUGUGCAGAAUCAUCUCCACAAUGGACAGAAGAAGCAUCAGGCCAAAGUCUGUCAGGAAUUCUGUCAGCCAGCCAUGAAUGACCCAACCUUCAUGUCAAAGGACAUCUCUGGGAACAAAAUUUGGGUUUACAGGUAUAACCCCCUAACCCAAACAAGUCUUUACAAUAGAAGAGUCCAGCAUCUCCAUGCAGGGCAUGAGGCAGGUCUGGAAAACCACUAAGAGCAUUUUUAUUCAAUGUCUUUGAGAUUCAUAGGAUAGUUCAUCAUGAAUUCAUCCCCCAAAAAAGAUCAUCAACUGCCAGUUCUACUCAAGUGUUUUGAGGCAUCUGAGGACAUUAAUUUUGGCAGAUAUGGCUUGAAAUGUGGUGCAAGGCUAAAUGGAUGCUCCAUGAUGAUGAUGAUGAUGAUGCACCCUCUCUUACAUAUCUCUUAUAAUGCAUGGGCUUCUCAGAUGCAUGAUUAUCCCUUUGCAGCUGCCCUACUCAUCAGAUUUGGUACCAACCCUUGUGACUUGUGUCAUGCUCCCCACAUGGACAUUCAUUCUAUGGAAACAAUGAGAAAUUGAUCUCAAGAUGAGAUAAGUCUUUAGCCAUGACAAGUUGUAGCCAGCCAGGGAUUGAACCUCUCACUGAGAGAACACAAGGAUGACACCUUAGACAUUGAGACCAUGAUGACUGUCAGGUCCCAAGUUCAGUUUUAGGACAUUUAUACUCCUAAUCUCUGCACUUUUUUUUCCUGGAAAUAAUAAAGAUGCAGCUGAAGG